AUGGAUUUAUUACUGAUUACACUAAUCACUAUCAUAAUUGCGGCCGUCAUACAAAAUCUAGGACGUCGGAGAUCCAACAUACCGCCUGGACCACCACCGCGGUUUCUAAUCGGAAACCUUCAUCAACUGAAACCACUAUGGACACAAUCUUUCUCCGAGUGGUCGCAGACUUAUGGCCCCAUCAUAUCGGUGUGGUUAGGGUCACAGCUAGCUGUUGUGGUCUCCAGCUCUGACUUAGCUAAACAAGUGUUGAGGGACAAAGACUACCAACUUUGUAACAGACACAGAACAGCACGAAUGACUCAGAAUGGUAGCGAUCUUAUUUGGUCCGAUUACGGAGCACAUUAUGUGAAAAUGAGGAAACUAUGUACACUCGAGCUCUUUUCUCUGAAAAGCAUCGAGUGUUUCAGGUCAAUGAGAGAGAUGGAAGUGAGAUCCGUGGUUAAGUCAAUUUUCAACGGCUUGAUGAGCGAUGAUCAGAAGCCGGUGGUGCUGAGGACCUAUCUAGGUUCGGUUGCUUUGAACAUUGUUUCAAGACUAGUGAUCGGAAAAACGUUCGAACCAAAAGAAGGAAGAGAGUUUAAAUCGAUUGUUGAUAGGGAGACUCGCUUGCCUGGUGCAACCAAGAUGCUUGAUUACGCAACUUGGCUUAAACGGGUUUCAUCAUGGUUCACUAGCGACAAGGCGUUCGUGAAGCACAUGGAUAGGAGACAAAAUUGGUUUAGACGAGCUGUAAUGGAUGAAGAAUACGCAGGAAGAGACAAAACGUGUUUUGUUCAGAGUCUAUUAGCGUUGAAAGAGAAGAAUGAGCUGACUGAGGAGACUGUUAUGGGACUGGUCUGGAACAUGUUAACCGCAGGCGCCGACACAGCUGCCAUUACUAUUGAAUGGGCAAUGGCAGAGAUGAUCAGAUGCCCAACCGUUCAAGAAAAGGUGCAGCAUGAGCUUGAUUUCGUGGUUGGAACCGGACGGUUAAUGUCUGAUACAGAUAUCCCGAAACUGCCAUAUCUGCAAUGCGUAAUCAAAGAAGCGCUCCGGCUUCACCCUCCAACACCAUUGAUGCUUCCACAUAAGGCCAGUGAAUCAGUUCAGAUUGGUGGGUACAAAGUUCCUAAGGGAGCCACAGUUUAUGUCAACGUGCAGGCAAUUGGUCGAGAUCCAGCAAACUGGAGUAACCCAGAUGAGUUUAGACCUGAGCGGUUUCUUGUGGAGGAAACGGAUGUCAAAGGUCAAGAUUUUCGGGUUCUACCGUUUGGGUCAGGAAGACGGGUGUGUCCAGCCGCACAGCUCAGCCUCAAUAUGAUGAUGUUAGCACUAGGUAAUUUCAUGCAUUGUUUCUCAUGGACAUCCUCUACACCUCAGGAGCACAUCGACAUGACCGAGAAGCCUGGACUAGUUUGUUACAUGAAGACUCCAUUGCAGGCUCUAGCUUCGUCCAGGCUGCCACAAGAGUUAUACCUUUAACUUUUCACUGAAAUAUAUUAUAUUAAUCUACCUAAGAUAAGAGAGAUUCUCAAUUGAGAAAAACAGAUGUAGCAAUGGCAAGAUUUAGGACAUGACUGAUGAAAUGGUUCGUACAAACAGGAUGUAGCUAUGAUA